UCAUAAUCAUGUUUCCCCUUUGUUGUCAUUUUUGAUUACACACUAGCUUACGGCCCUACAUCGUUCCUUAUCACUCUGUGACGGUAGUUUCAGGCCGUGGAGACGUUUUGCAUGCUCGACUGAACCAACCGGUGUGAGACUCGUGGUUCUGCGCUCAUUGAUGUGGCCGGUCGCCCAACUCUACACCGGGAGUCUCUCGCGACCUCAUUGUCCUGGCCUUCGCCAAAAUACCCUGUUCUACGUAUAGAUGCGAGUGACUGUAUCAAGCACACCACCUCAAACCACAAUAAAUCGCAACUAUGAGCGCCACCGUCUUUACCAGAUCAACGGUUCCCCGGUCGCAUCAAAUAUCCCGAUCGCUCCGAUCGCGGCGAUACCAGUCUUCUUCAAAACCGUCUAGUUCAGAACCGUCAAAAGCCUCUCGACCACCAGCUGAUGCGCAGACGGCUGCCUCAGCGUCGGGCGUGCCAGUUGUUCCGGCCUCGUCCACGGGACAGGUGGGCUCGCGAUCGCUGCUCCAGGUUAUCCAGGCUGGUCCUGUGGGAAGAGUGGCGCGGGCAUAUUCGCGGGUCCAGGAGCGACGGCCGUAUGCGACGCAGCUGUGGAGCUCGGUCAUCAUCUACCUGUGCGGGGAUCUGAGUGCGCAGUUGUUUUUCCCAGAGAAGCCUGCACCGGCACCGGCUUCACCGGGAGAAAAGGAGGGCAAAAGUGCGGCAGCUAGUGAAGAGGAGAAUGAGGCAGCCAAGGGAGGAUACGAUCCGCUGAGAACGCUGCGACAUUUGACCGUGGGGAUAGGAUCGAGUAUUCCGACUUUCAAAUGGUUCAUGUUCCUCCACAAUAAUUUCAACUAUUCGUCUAAAUUCCUCUCGAUCUUGACAAAGGUCUGCGUGCAGCAGGCCGUGUUCACCCCGGUUUUCAACACCUAUUUCUUUAGUCUUCAGUCGCUGUUGACGGGCAAGUCAUUCGAGGAGACAUUUGAGCGGCUCAAGCUGGCUCUGCCAGUCAGUAUCUCGAACAGCGUGAAGCUGUGGCCCGCCGUCACCGCCUUCAGCUUCAUGUACGUGUCGCCUCAGUUUCGAAGCAUAUUCUCCGGGGUAAUUGCGGUGGGAUGGCAAACGUAUCUGAGCUGGUUGAACCAGAAGGCAGCGCGCGAGGUCGAGGCAGAGAUGACCGAGACAAUCGAGCCGGUGGGCAUUAGCGCUGGUGCUGCGGCUAUCAGGGCAUGAUCCAGCUGUUUCUUUUGUUAGAUUUGUUAUUCCAUUUGUUUCUUUUUUUGUUUCUCAUCUUGGUUGACUUUGGGAUAUCCUAGACGUUUUCAUGGCGUGCGGUAUUAUUAUAUGUUAUGAAUUUGUCUAUAGAUUAGCAGAACGCAAGACGCGAUAGAUUAAACAUAGAC